UUAUGUUCUUAUGCUUGUGCGUUUCCCUUGCUUUCGCAGCCUUCUGGAGGAGUGCUUUGUGAUGAAGGAUCCUUUCUGUCCCGAGAAAGAGAAGUUUCUCGUGUUGGGGUCACACUGCAGCUUGUGCCACAAGACCGUUUGCGUGGGCGCGGAGUGCAGCCUGUUUUACACCAAGCGCUUCUGCCUUCAGUGCGUGGGGGAGCACCUGGAGCAGUUUCCCCAGCAGAUCCAGACAGAGCUUGGCAAGAAGAAACAGACCCAGAAAACUCCCUCCUGAUCCCAGUCCCCUCAGAGAGCACCGAGACUGUGUGACACUGAAAGACUGUUUUCAGACAAGCGCUGCUCCCGGUGAACUGUUAAUAUUCGAAGCGAAUCGGUCAGGUGCUAUAGAGCAGUAUGACAGUUUAUUAACAAACCACACCACUGCCUUAGUGUUGUAAAUAAGUGAAUAAAUAUAUUUUGCUUUCAGUUUGGUGCUGUCCUUACUAAAUUAAAAAAACAGUCGUGCAUGCUUUUCUGGAAAGAGGUGAAGAUCUCUGAGGUUUAUGGUGGAGGAGCAGGACACCUGUACUUAUCUUACAACAGAUGGGGAAACAAGGAAAAUUAGUGAAUAAACAAUAGGAACUGCCCACAGCCAUUAUACCUGAUGUAUUUAUACAGCCAUGAUGGAUGAGCAGGUGCAGUCAGAGCAUCACCAGCACCUGCAAAUGAAGAACACAGAGAGGUUAGUGCCUGCAAUUUCCCGAGUGGCAACGAUUAAAGGUAUGAUGAACGAGAUCUUGAAAUC